AGGGGGGAAAGAUGGCGGCGCGGCUGAGCGGCGGCGAGAACCGUCUGGUGUCGCUGCCCCUGUCGCGGAUCCGCGUGAUCAUGAAGAGUUCGCCGGAGGUCUCCAGCAUCAACCAGGACGCGCUGUUCCUCACCGCUAAAGCCACGGAGCUCUUUGUUCAGUAUUUGGCCACAUACUCCUACAAACAUGGCAGAGGCAAGGAGAAGAAUGCUCUAACUUACAGUGACCUGUCUCAUACUGCAGAAGAGUGUGAGACCUUUCAGUUCCUUGCAGAUAUCUUGCCAAAGAAGAUCCUAGCUAGCAAAUACCUAAAAAUGCUUGAAAAAGAGAAGCGAGAUGGAGAAGUGGGGGAAGAUGAUGGAGAGAAUGAGGAGGAGGAGGAUGAAGACGAAGCUGUUGUUGAUGGAGAUGUUGGAUCUUAAGGCCAACGGAAAAGUGCUUGAUAGCUGACCUGCUUUGUGAUGUAUAAAGGAUGUUAUUUUUGUGACUGAGAAUCCAGAUGCUGGAUAUAUUUAUAUACUGAGCCAUCUGCUUUUGCUUUGGUUUAAGAAGUUUAGAAAUGGAACUUGUUGGAGAAUGAAACUCCUCCCUCGGAAACGUGGCGGGGUGAGAAGAGCUGAUGUAAAUCUGACAGUAGAAAACUUGCUCAGGUCAUUUAAAAUGCCUUCUUGAGACAAUCAUGAUCCAAAUUAAAUGGGCAGCUUUUGGUCCUAAAGCUCUUUUGGGGUCUGACUAGACAGGAGUCCUUUCCCAGUUGGUGUUCCUCCUCAGAGAAGAUGAGGGGAGGUGUUGUACACAGAGUCUACUGUCCUCGAGGCCAGUAACCGAUCAGAUCCUCCCACAGCUUUCCGGGUCAGGUCAGCGGUGGACUGAGCCCAUGAAAAAACCUCUUCUGUCAGCUGAGGCUGCACAGAAACAGGUUAGAGGAGGAAAUGCAUUCCAAGAGCUAACGGGGUUCAGCAGCUGUGGAGGCAGAAAACACAUCUCUUAAGCAGUGAUGUAAAUACAUACAUCUAAGGACUCGUUUCUCUACUGAACUCUACUUAGGUUUGUCCACGGUGUUCUACCCAAAUGCACGUUGAAGUCUGUUUGGUGUGGACUGUUGAGGAUGAGCAGCCCUUCUGGAGUGACAGAGCUGGAUUUUUCACUGGGUUUAGUUUUGGGGUGGGUUUGGGUUUUUUAAUGCUAGAAAUGGUAACUAACCGUCCUCUGUACAACUUCAUAUGCGACUUUUAAAAUAAACCUUUUGUAUGAAAA